GGCAAGCUACCAACGCGCUACUCAAGGCUGGUCAAGACCAACAUUGGGAAUGUCCGCCGGCUCCUCUGUGAACCGGGCCCGGAGUCUUACGAACCUCUGCCACUAACGGAAGGAGAGUUUUCGGUGCGGAGGAUUACGAUGAAAGAUGGGAUCUGCCUUACUGUCCGCCGGAAGGGACUUUUCCACCAAGGGAUACUUCUCGACGAAAUGGACAACCCGACCAUCCACCGCGUCAUUAAGACCGUUGCCGGGGAAGAUUACUGUCCAAUCACCGAGAACAUCGCCAAGUCCAUAUACCGGCAAGCCCCCCACCAUCUGGAUUCGUCCCUCUUCAUCGGCUCUCCUUGACGACAUCCCCGCUACCAACCUCCUUUGCCUCCGUUCAUACAAUGUGGACUCGUCUGCCGUCUCCGUGUCUGGAAUUUCGUCGGGCGGCGCCAUGGCGGCACAGUAUCACGUAGCACACUCACGUGACAUCAUGGGUGUGGGAAUAAUAGCCGGUGCAAUGUGGGGAGCUGGAGGUGGAAACUUGGCCACAUCUACAAGUGUGAUGUUUUCACCAAACCUAAUCAGCCUGAGUCUACUGGAGUGGCAAGCGGCUACAGCAGCAAUGCUGGGAAACAUCGACUCCACCUACCACAUGAAGAGUGAUAGGGUCUAUGUCUUUGAUGGUAGCCUGGAUGUGAUAGUGAACCCAGCCAUGGGACGCCAGAUUGAGACAUUUUACAAACAUUACGUUCGCAGCACAAGCCAGAUCAAGAUGGUCCUUUACAACAACGCUCAGCAUUCAAUGCCCACGCGGAACUAUGGCGGCCCCUGUAACAAACUUAACAUACCCACAUACCUCAACAACUGCGGCUACGACGCGGCCUACGAGCUAUUGAACCACAUCUACGGAGGCGGCCUACGAAAACCAGAUACCAACACACGUGCUGGGGGACAUCUGGCCAAGUUUGACCAGUCGGAGUUCUUCACCGCGUCCCCGAUAACGUACAGUAUGGACACAGUGGGUUACGUAUACAUCCCGACUGGAUGCGCAGAUCGUCAAACACGAUGCAAACUUCAUGUUGCUUUCCAUGGAUGCGCUAUGGGGCAAUCGGCAAUUGAUGACGUCUACGUGCGACACGGCGGCUACAACGAGGUGGCCGAACUCAACAACAUCAUUAUCCUCUACCCCCAGGUGGUAGCGGCGCCGCCACUCAACGUCAACGGUUGCUGGGAUUGGUUUGGCUACACCGGCAUCUAUUAUGCGACGAACAAGGGGUUCCAAAUUGAAGGCGUGAGGCGUAUGAUUGCCAGGGUCAUUGGUUCCGGAAAUCAUCUGAUUGGCUAAUCACAGACGGGUAUAAGUGAUUUGAAUUAAAAAUAAAAUCGACUUUAACUGUUA